AUGAAGAUUUUUACUGUAAUAUAAAUCAUAUUUUUUCAUUGCAUAAUUUAAACAAAAGCUGAUUUAUGUGGUGAAAAUUAGUGCUAUUCAGUAUUUAUAAAUAUGUGCAUAAAGCUGACUCCUGAUAUUGUGGGAAUAGAUUCUGAUAGCUAAAAAUGCUUAUUUGAUAGAGAUAUAGCCAAAAAAGUGAAUAAAUGUUUUGAUAUAGAAAAAAAUGGAAAAAGUAGUGUUUGCAAAAAUAAACAAAAUACAAUGUGCAUAACUAUAACUGAAGAUAUUUAAGAUUAAUAUAUAGGGAUAUAUAAAGAUGCUUAAAUGAAUUUGAUUUGCAUAGAAAAAUAAGAUAUUAUUGAUUAAUUGAAAAUAAAAUCUCCUCUAAUUCUAGUAAAUCUAAAAUUUGAAUAUUGCCUUAAAGAUGACUUUUCUUUAGAUGAAUUUUACUAAAGGCCAAACAGCAUGAUAUGUAGUUGCAAAUAUUAAUAUUGUCUAUCUAAUGGUAUAUGCAUACCCAUGGAUUCUAAUUAGAAUGCAGCAAGAGAUAUUAAUUAAAAUUGUGCAUAACUUAAUUAAGAAGGGAAAAUUUAGUCUUGCUUUAGCGAUAAAAGUAUUUGCUUACUAAAAAAUUCAAUCACGUAAAUAAAUAAAUGCACUACUUAUUAGUCUAUAGAUUUAGUAAUUGGUGUAGCGUUUAUUAAUCAAACUAAUGAGUGCAUCCUCAAAGACUAGUACGCAAACUUAGUUAUCAAUAAAAAUUUAGUUUUUUUGAAAAGUCCUUAUUGUCUUUUUGAAUCUUCUCAUAUCCUACAAGUUGGAGAUUUAAAUAAUAAAAUAGUCGGAAGGACUUAAUAAUAUUUGUGUGCUUAAGAAAUUGAAGUAUUUUCUGAUGGUGAUAAUUUAAUUGAAAUGUGUAUUUUUGGAUUUUGUAUUUCAAAAUACUCUUGUGUUGAAAUGGAUGACUUUGAAUAUAUUUCUAAAAAACAUGAUAAUUCAUGCUCAACUAACUCAGAAACUGAUUUUAUAGAGUGUUUUUACUCUCCAGAAUUAAAAUCUACAUGCAUUUUAGAGGAUAAUGGUCUGAGAUCUUGUGAAUUAAUGACAAUAGAAAAUCCAAAAACUUUUGGUGCUAUUUAUCAAGAAAACAAUCAAAUAGGAAUCUGUAUUUCUUAAGAUGUACCUAUUCCUUUAUAAUCUUUAGUUAGUUAAAAUAAAAAAUUAACAUGCUCUGAUGGUUCAUGUAUUUUAUAAUCUGUAAAUAUGUUAAAAGAUUAUGUCUAAUGUACAAAAAUGACAUAAACUGGGAUAACAACUACUUAAGAUGACAAUGGCUUUUGCAAGGAAACCUUUCCUUCAAAAAAAUGUCGCAUGGAUUAAUAAUGCUUAAUGAAUGGUAUUUGUGUUGAUAUGUCUUAAGAUACAUCUCUACCUAAUUUCGCCAAAGAACUAAUAACUACCUCUUGUCUCCCUUAUUAAGAUAUUUAGCAAAAUGGGUAAAAAAUAAAGAGUUGCCCAACUGGUUUCUGCAUUAUUUAAGUAUAGAGUAAUUAAAGAUAUUGCUUUCAGCUAGGUGCUUACCUGGGAGAUAUAUAAUAUUUAGGAUUAGAAAGUUUAACUUAAAAAUGCUUAGCUUAGUUCGAAAUUAGUUAAAUAGGUAUUGAUGAAUGUGGAGAUCCAAAUUAUUGCAUAUUCUAAAUACCAAUUAAAUCUAUAUAGAAAAGCUAUCUAUGCCAUUCUUUACAAUUAGAAAGCGCUUAAUAUCCAGGAAAUAGGGUUCCUGCAAAAAAUAAUUUAGGGAAAUGUUAAGAUCUAUUUUUACCUUCCACAAUCAGCUGCGUUGAUGGUUUUUAAUGCAUCAAUGAUAAAGGUGAAUGUCAACCUUUAAGUGUAAAUCAACCCAUUGCUAGAGAUGUUAAUUAAUAAUGCUAACCAGCAUAUACAGAUUAAUCUUUAUAUUGUGCUGAAGGCUAUUGUCUACUAAAUUAAGUUUGUCUACCUUUGUCAAUUUAGAAUCCUGGGAGAGAAAAUAAAACAAGUAAAUGUCUGUAGGAAGGAGAAAAAGGAGCCUUUGGUGCUAUAUAAUGUUUUCAAAGUUUUUGUUUGACAGGUAUUUCAGAUGAGCCUCAAGAUUAAUUUUGUGCUUUAAUAGAUUAUAAAAUUAGCUCUUAAGUUGGUAGAUACAUAUAAUCUCAAAAAUGUGUUAAGGAAGAUGACAAUAAUAAUGUUGUUAACAAAUUUAAAAUUGAAUACUGUUACAAAGGAUAAUACUGUAUGAGAAAAGAUAGUUAAGGAAUUUAAUUUUGUUCCAAAGUAUUGAGUAAUGAUAUUAUUUGUUCUGAUGUAAAUGGGGCUUGUAUAUUUUCUAAAGACCCUAUACAGAAAUGUUCAAGCUGUUCUUACACACAAUGUUUAGACAAGUACACUUAAAAGUGCAUUAAUUUAGGAGUAGUAUAUUGCUAAGAUAAUAAUGGAUUUUGCUCUAAUUUUUAGUCAUCAAAUAAUCCAUAUUGCGUUGUUUGUCCUAAAUAUUAUUGCUUAAAUAAAAAGACUUAGAUAUGCACUUAUUAUUAGGAAAUGUAUAGCUUAUUAUAAUAUUCUUAAACCAAUUGUCUCUACUAGUUUAAAUAAGAUGAAGAAUGUAUCAUAUAAGACAUUAAUUCAGCUAACAAAUAUUAAGAAAACUUAUGCAUUGAUAAAAAUUAUUUUUGCUUGCCAAUAGUUGAAGCACAAAAAACAAAAAAUUGUCUAUUCUGUCCAAAAUAUUAUUAUAAUCCAGGUGUUGGAAUUUGCUAUUAAAAAUCAAACAAUAAAAACUACCCUUACUUUAAUUUAGAUAUUUAAUAUGUAUCCGAAGAUUGUUAUCCAAAAAAUGAUUGCUCAAUUUCAAACUAAAAAUGUCCUGAAGGAUGCUAGAAAUGUGAUAAUCUAAAUAUGUGCACUUAAUGUAUGGAGGAUUAUUUCUUGUAUUAAGAUAAUUAGACCUAAAAUUAAUUUUGUAUUAAGUGCGAUACGAAUAUAUACAGCAACAUAAGUUAAGAUCCAAUUUUAAGUUAAUAGGGCACUUAAUUUUAUAAAUGUAUAUAAUGUAACAUCCAGGAUGAAGACUGGAAUUUAAAUACUUGGUAAAAUAAGAAUUGUGCUAAGAUGGUAGUAUAAAUUGCAGGAAUAAAAAGAUUUACGAAUACUUAUUCUAAAAUUUUGUAUUACAGUAUUCAAAGAGGAAAUUCUCAAAACUUAGAUUCAAAUUAAGCUAAUAGAAAGCUUGUUAAUCUCAUAAUACACAAAGAGCAAACUUCUUUGGCAUGUUCCAAUCUGUGUAUAAGGUGUGAAUCAAAUCCAAGUAAAAAACCAUAUUGCUACAGAUGCAUUGAUUAUUAUUACUCUGACUUGAAUGGUAUAUGUUAAAAGUGCCCCUUAAACUGCUAAAAAUGUGGAAGAACCAUACUCGAAUAGAACUUGUAACCUAUUCUAAAAGAUGAUAUACCAAAAGAAGAUUUAGAUAAAGGAAUUUAUAAUUUUUCUAAAUCUAUAUUUGCAUGCAUAUAAUGUAAUACCUAGUACACAGUUAGUCCGAAUUUUAAUUAGUGCGAUUAAUGUGGUUUAUAUUGCCUUGAGUGUGCUUAUGAAUUUUCAGGAGACUUAAUAAAUUAUAGAAAAUAAAACUUUAGAAACUAAGUAUACUAAUUUUUAAAAUGUCUAAAAUGCAAACCGGGUUAUACAUUGUCUUCAAAUAGAAAAGAUUGUAAAUAGAUCUACUAAUUGAACUAUUGCUUAAAUUAAGAUCUAACUGAUUAUUAUACUGGUUUAUCUUUAAUAACCUUCCUUGAUCUAUCUUCAAAGUCUUUUAGAUACAAUUGCUUAACAUGCAAUUACAAUUCAUGCUUAUAUUAUAAAAGAUGCUAUAAUUAGGGCUAUUCUCCUAGAAAUUAUGUUUAUAAUUGUGGUUAUAGUUUAGAUUAGGGAUUUUUUUAUUUAACUACAUUAAAUUCUUGUCUAAAUGGAUAUCCUACGGUUUAUUAAGGAAGUCUGUCAUGUGAUUUCAAUACUUAAUGCAAAAAAUAGAUAUAUUAAUGUAUUGAGUGUUUUGUUUCUAAUAAUACAUAUUAAUGCAAAAUUUGUUCUUAAGGAUAUAUCCCAAGUAUUUUUGGAUGUAUACCUUGUCCUGAAACUUGUUAAACUUGCUAUGAAGAAGGAUAUGUUAACUAUAAAAGAGUUAAUUUUACUAACUACAUAAUCAAUACACCCUAAACCACAAUUAAGUUUUCAUUAUAAUAAAGGAUGAAUUAUAAAAAUGAUUUUAUGAUAAAAAUGAAGUGCUCAGAUUGUAAAUUUGGUUAUUACCUUAAUUAUACGCAAUAAUAUUGUUAAAAACCUUAAUGUGGUCAAUACUGCCAAAAUUGUAUUAAUUUUUACGAAAGUCCUUUAUGUACAUCAUGUAAUUACACAAAACUUUUUAAUCUCAUAGCUCCUAUUUAAGGUUAUAUAUCUAAAAUUCAUUAUGGAACUAAUUUUCUAAGCAAUUUCUAAUAAAUGAUCACAUUUAACUCCUUGUAAACAAAUUGCUAAAUUUGUCCACUUCUAUGUGAAACUUGUGAAGAUAAUAAUUUAGAUUUGGUUUUGGAUCCUUUAAGUUUGUAUAAAGUAAAAUGUUAUUCAUGUAAACAAUAAUUACCAAAUAAUUAUGGAGAUAUGUAAAAAUAUGAAAUCAGAUAUGAUAAAGCUAGAAUGAGGUGCAUUUAUUGCUUAAAAAAUGAUAAUGGGUGCUUUUUUAAGAAAAAAACUGAGAUCUUUGCUGAAUGUGGGACAGCUAGCCAACCAUUAGGUAAAGGUACGUUUGAUGAACCACUUAAUUUAUAUAAAAUAAAUGAAACAAAUCUUGAUCAACUUAUAAUAAAUGAACCAGAAUUCGAUAUUGGUAUUAUUUAUUAUAAUGAACUCCAAUUAAGAGAAAUUGAUUUUAUCAUAAAUUUCAUUGAUAAAUCAAGACUUUGCAAUUUGGACUUUGCUUUAAGUAUCAGCACUAAUAUUAAAAAUAAGAUUCCUUCAAUUUAGACUCUUUCUAUCACUUUGAAUGCAAACUAAACAAACAGUUUAACAGAUUAUGAAAUGUUAUAAAAUGACAUAGCUACUUUUAAAGGCUUUAGCUCUUUUAAGAUUUAAAAUAUGAAUGUCAAACCAAAAAAUUUGAACUCAAAUUUCGGUUUCAAAAUUUAUGAAGAAAAUAUAAAUAAUAUAGAAUUUUAGAACACAACAUUCUUGUGUUAACGCUAAUAUACAAACUAACUUUAAACUUAUUUUGAUAAUUUUAAUGGGACAUUUAUAAUGAAUAACACUUUGUUUAAUAACUGCAGCUUUUAUUAAUAGACUCUCAUAAACGUUCAUUCAGACUUUUACCCUACAUUUAUAACUUACUAAUUGACAAAUUUGUCUAUUUUAUAUUCAGAUUUUUCUCAAAAAUCUAGUUUUAUUUCAGUCAAUAGUCCUAGCGAUUUAGAAAUUUAAGAUUUUAAAUUUAUGCAUGGAUCACUCAGUUAUCAAUCAAAUGUAUUUGCAAGCUAUUAUUAAGGCUAAGAAGUUACAAGUAUUUCAAAUGUUACAAACAUACUAUUUUAAAAUUCUACGUUUUUGAGCUAUUCUUAAAUAUUAUAGGGAGAAAGAUUUAUGUAUUUUUCUCUUUUAAACUUUACUUUUGCAAAUUCAAAUUGUUAACAAAAUUAAUAAUUAAAAAUGAAGAUGUAUUUGUUCUAAGUAAAUACAAUAAAAGCAUAAAAUAUAAUACUUUAAUCAAAUUAUUUUGAAAAAGCACAAUUCAUUUAAUUUUCUCCCAUCCUUGAUUCCGAAGAUCAAAUAAUGAUUAGCAUAGACUAAAUUUUAGUGUUUAAUAAUACAUUUAACUCUUUUGAAUAAUUAUUAUUUAGUUAUAGCGGUAAAUUUAAAACAGAAGUGAUAAUUAGUAAUUUUAACAUAUCUCAAAACAAAUAUAGCUAAAAUUAUGGCAUAUACUAUUUUUAAAUUAGACAGGCUAAUUCAAUAUUUUUAAGUAAUGGGAAUGUUAAUGAGCCAUAACUUAUAACAAUCAUAUAAGCUUUUGGAGUAAAUUAGGUUUCCAUACAAAUAAUAUAAUUUGGAGAUAAAAUUAGUCAAAGCACAUCACUAAGCUUGAUAAAUAUUUAAGAUUUGAUAUAAUAAAUAGAAAUGAAAACCGUAACAUUUAAUCUAAUUAUUGCCGAUGAGAUAUUACUUAUUGUCAAUUAAUAAAUUAAUAAUUAAUUUGAUCCAAAUUAAUUUCAAGCAAUUUUCAAUUCAGUUACUUUUAAUUAAGUCAUUCUUAGAAAAUAAGCAAGAAUUAAAUAGAAUAUACAAAUUUUUAGUGCUGCUUAAAUCACAAUCAUGCAAGGAUAUACUAAUAUGAACUUUAUAUAAGCUUAUAAUACAAUUCAACCACCUAUAAAUCUUUAAACAGAUACUUUCUUUUCCUCAAUAAUUAAUGUGAAAAAUGUAAUUGGGAAAUUAGAAAUAAUAAAUACAAAAAUAAUGAAUAUCUAGAAUCAUCCUAACCAUAAUCUUCUUUAUAUAUAAGGAAGCUAAGUUUAAAUAGAGUAUUCAAGUUUUACAAUACUUGCAGAUAAUCAGCAAAAAUUACAGUUUUUAAGUGGUGGUACUAGUACUAGUAGUAGUAUUCUAGGAGGUAUAGCAAUGAUAUAAUGUUCAGAUUUAAAAAUAUUAAGCAGUAGUUUUAGUGGUGGAUUGUCACUUUAAGGAGGAGGUUUAUACAUUUAAGCUAUUUCACUUGCUAAUAUAUAUAUUUAUUAAACAAAUUUCACGGAGAAUUGGAGUUUUUCUUUAAGCGAUCUUAAAAACUCUAAUGGAGGAGCUGUUUACAUUAAUUAAUAACAAUAAAAUUUAGGUGUAACCCUUAGAUUUAUUUAAUGUCUCUUUUCUAAUAAUUUUGCUUAUAGUUAGGGUGGAGCUAUGUAUGUGUCUUCAAAUAAAAAUAAAUUUUAUUUGAAUUUACUGCUAUCCAACUUUUUAAACAACUUUUCAAAAGAUGGAAGUAGUUUAUAUUCCUCUUAACAAAACCUUACAAAUAUAGUGUAGAUAUAGUAAACUUAAAAUAUAUAUUCCUAUAAGUAUAUCUCAGAUUUUAUCUAGAUUAUCCAAUAAUUUAUAGAACCAAUAAGCAGUUCUCCGAGUCUCUAUCACUUGUAAGGUUUUGAUCAGGUUUACUUAUUGUAAAAUACAUUUACUGUUGAAGCAAAAAGUAUAGAGCUAAAUACCAAAGAAAAUGAAAAUUUGUAUAUCUUUUAAAGUUUAAUUAUUUUCAAUCAGGUGAAUUAUCUUUAACUUGCUUAAAAUAAAAUAAGUAACUUUAAAGUAUAAAAUUACUUACUUAAAAUGACUAAUAUAGAAGAAAUAAGUUUGUCAUAAGAUUAAUUUUUUGAUAAUUAAUAAUUUAUUUAUAAUCCAAAUUAAUUUUUAGCAAAUUCAUUGAUAGUAAUUUAAGCAAAUUCGAUUAAACUGGAGUAAAUUAUUUACAUAAAUAAUACUUGUAGUAAAUGUGCAUAAGGAAAUUUGCAGGUAAUUUCUAAUCAUAUUUUAAUAGCUGAUAGCAUUUUUCAAUAGAAUAUUGCACUAAAUGGAGGAGCUCUUUCAAUUUCGUAAUAUGUUAAAGACGAAAUAAUGACAAAUAAACUAAGAUUUUUACAUUUUUAUUCAUAUUAUGAAGAAUAUUUAAUUAGAAGAUCAAAUUAAAAUUAAACAAUUUAUAAUUCAACAUUUUUAAAAAAUACUGCUUUGAAUAAUGGAGGAUCUAUUAUAGCAUCAAAUACUUUUUUAUACAUAAUAAAAAGCAAUUUUUAAGAAAAUAAUGCAAAUUAAUUUGGAGGAGCAAUAGUUUCUGAUCUAAAUGACAAAUUUGAUCAAUUCUAAAAAAUCCACUUAAUAAAAAAUACCAUUUAAAGUAAUAAAGCGAGAAUCGGAAGUAGCUUUUAUCAAAUAUAGAAUCUCCCACUACAGUACCAAUUAGAUAAUAAACUAUCUAAUAACGAAGCAUAACUUUACAAUGAUAAUCUAAUCUAAUUUGCAGUUCAAUUUUUAGGAAUUAAAGGUUAAUAAACUUACAGAAACUCUUUAUCAAUAGACAAGCACAUGAAUGGUAAAUUUAAGGAUGACAUUGUUCUGUAAUUAGUUAAUAAUGAAGAUUAGCCUAUAACAACUCUGAGUGAAGAAAUUAAAUUAAAUGUUUAAGUCUUGAAAGGAGAAGAUUAUUAUAUUGAUUAAUAUUAUAUAUCAUAAAAAAGUGGUGUAUUUGAACUAAAAGAUAAAAUAAAUGUUUUUGGAAGACUUGGGAAACAAAUAAUAUUAUAAAUAUCUUCUGAGUAUGCAAAGUCUCCUAUUUAUAAAUAUGAUGGUGAAUUAACUAAAAUGGAAACUAAUAUCUCAUUUGAGAUAGAAAUUAACAUGAUUAAAAAAUGUCCUGUAGGUACAACUUAUUUUAAUGAUACUUUAAAAAAGGAUCUAUGUAAUCCCUGCCCUUAAUUUAUGUAUAAUUUAAACGAUGGUGAUAAAUGUCAAAAAUGUCCAAAUGAUUUUUUAUGUGAAAAAACAAGCAUUUAUUUACCUAUGGGAUUUUGGAGAUCAAAAAAUAAUAGCUAUAAUUACAUCGAAUGUUUUGGAUAUUUUUAAUGUGUAGGAGACAUUCAUAGAAUAAGAAUAACAGAAUAGUAUUCAGAUGAAAAUCGUUAUUGUCAAGAAGGAAAUAUUGGAGCCCUAUGCAUGGAUUGUGAUUUAUAUGGAAAUUAUUGGAAUGAGAGGUAUUAUCAUGUAGCUCCUUUUACUUGUUUAAAAUGUGGAUAAUUCAAUACUAACUUAAUAAUUGACAUCAUGGUACUUCUGCUUAGCUUAGCUUUGUUUGCAAAAAUUGCAAAUUCUAUUUUUAAGCUGAUGGAUUAUUUAAAGAUAUAAAAAGUAUUUCAAGUUUUGAAAAUAUAUUUUAAAUAUGAUUAAAGAUUUUUUGUAAUUUCUAACAUUUUACUUAAUUACUUUACUCAACUAUCAUUGUGUGCGAAAAAUAUGAUUUACUUACCUACAUAUUUAAAGCAGAUUUUUCUAGGUUUUGGAAAUCCAUCAGAAAUCAUUCUAAAACUAUUUGAUUGUGUUUUGUCUUAUAAUAUUUAGUUUUAAGAUAAUUAAUAUAUUUACUUAUAUAUUAGAAUAAUCAUUCUGUUGAUAUUUAACUUAUUAAUUAGCUUGUGUAUACUUCUUUGCUUUAUAAUUUAAAAAAACAAAGACUUGUUAGCUCAUAUCUCUGUACUAAUAUAUUUCACCAUAAAUUUAUUAACUCAUACAAUAGAUUCAACUUUAAGAAUGAUAUUUUGCAUUUAAGUAGAUGGUUAAUUAUAUGCAAGCUAAUAUCCUAAUAUUAAAUGUGAUGAAAACCAUUUAUCUUUUGUUAAAAAAUUGCUAAUACCUUGUCUUUGCAUUUAACUGCUCUUUAUUUUUUUAGUUUUUCUCUACAUUUUUAGAGAAAAUCAAUCAUUUGCUAAUUCCAGAAAAAUUUCAAAUAUAUUUAACUAAUUCUAUAAAUACUAUUGGUGGUAUUUUUACUAAAUACUGAUAAGGUUGCUAAUUAUAGCUAUGGAUAAUUACUUCAUUUUUGAUGUAUAAUUAAAAGGCUCGAUAUUAUGCUCUUUGUAUUUAUCAUACACUCUAACCCAGCUUUACUUUUACCCUUACAAUAGACUCUAGUUUAAUUACUUUGAGAUUUUUAUUUCUAUUUUAAUAACUGUUAAUUUUGGAAUUAUUGAAAAUCUGAAUUAAUUUUCCUAUCAAGAAAGAAUUUUUAUUGUAUUUUUAGCUUUGAAUAUUACAUGUGUUAGCGGAUUCAUCUAUUGGGCAAUUAGAGAUGAAGUUAAAUUAAUAAUUUAAAAAAUUGUAAGUAUAACUAAACAGAAUAGUAUAAAUUCUUAAAAAAAGAAGUCUCCAAUUCUUUUGUGGAAGUUAAUAAGGUUAAGAAUAUCCAAUAAGUAGAUAUUUAUUAAUAAUAAUAUUAAUAAUAAUGAAAUAUUAUUUUAUAGGAACAUUUCUUCAUACAUUCCCAAAUAAAAUACUCUUAUUACACAUUAUUAAAAAAAUCAAUUAACUAUUAGUAAAAGUAAAUAUUGA